AUGGCUGCCCAUAUGUCGCGGUCAUUUUUGGACGCGUCUAUCCCAGAUCUCGUCACGAAAUUGUCUGCAGAUGAGAAAAUCGCACUUCUGGGUGCCCCGAAUUGGUGGAAUACCAAUGCUGUAGAGCGUCUUGAGAUCCCUGCCAUUCGGAUGAGCGAUGGCCCCAACGGCGUUCGAGGCUCUUCUCAUUUCGUCUCUACACCAGCACAAUGUAUCCCCUGCGAGACGUCCAUGGCUGCAACCUUCGACGUGGGCUUGAUCCACGAGGUCGGACGUUUCUUGGCAGACGAAACCAAAGUGAAAUCUUCCGUGAUUCUCCUCGCGCCGACGUGUAACAUUCAGCGCAAUCCGCUCGGCGGACGUGCAUUUGAGUCGUUCUCCGAAGAUCCUCACCUUUCUGGUACAAUGGCCGCUGCAUACGUUAGUGGUCUGCAGUCCAAGGGUGUUGCUUCGACCAUCAAGCACUUCGUGGCGAAUGACCAAGAGCAUGAGCGGACGGCCGUGGACUCUGUCGUGUCUGACCGCGCACUCCGGGAGAUUUACCUCUAUCCCUUCAUGUUGGCUCAGAAAAAGGCAAAGCCCUGGGCAUUCAUGACAUCAUACGGACGUAUUGGCGGUGUCCACUGUUCUGAAAACCCUCACCUGCUUCAAGACAUACUGCGUAAGGAGUGGGGCUUCGGCGGUAUCGUCAUGAGCGACUGGUUCGGUACUUACAGCGUCGAUCUGGGUAUCAACGCUGGGCUGCAUCUCGAGAUGCCUGGACCGCCACGCUGGCGCACGCCUCUCCUCGUCACGCACAUGCUUUCCUCCCAGAAGGUGCUCCCGGCAACUCUCGACAAGCGUGUCAAGGAGAUGCUCGAGUUCAUCCAGCGGCAAGCACGUCGCCACCCCGAGAUCGUGUAUGGCGACGGCGUUGAACGCACGCGCGACACUGCAGAAGGACGCGCAUUCUGCCGGCGGCUUGCAGCGGAGGGCAUGGUUGUGUUGCGCAACGAGGGAAACGUGCUGCCGCUCAAGACUGAAGGCGGAAAGAAGAAGGUCGCUCUUAUUGGCCCGAACAUGAAGGGUCGUGUAAUCUCUGGCGGUGGUUCUGCAGCGCUCAAGCCGAGCUAUGUUGUUACACCGUAUGAAGGUUUGCUCGCCAACGCGCCGAAAGGACUGGAGUUCCAUUACGAACUGGGAUGCUACGCACACAAGUUCUUGCCGACUCUGGAGAACCUCCUGACGACAGCCUCUGGCGAGCCCGGUUGGGAUUGCGCGUUCUAUAACCAUGAUACCCGUGGCAACGUCACAGGCGGUCCCAUUGCCUCAUUUGUGUUGCACGACACCCGUAUACGCCUGAAUGACUUCCUUCCUGAGGGGCUCACUCCAACGUGGACUAUCAAACUACAUGGAAAGCUCACAGUGGAGAAGACUGCGCAGUACGAUCUCGGUCUUGCUGUCGCUGGCCGUGCAAAGCUCUACGUGGAUGGUCAGCUCACCAUCGACAAUUGGACGAAGCAGAGACCCGGAGAAUUCUUCUAUGGACAAGGCACAGUAGAGGAGAUCGGGACCGUUAGCCUGACUGCAGGCAAAGCUGUCGACCUUUCUGUGGAAUACACUAAUUCCAAGCCUCCCGCGGGCCCUGAAGCCGACAUCUCUCAACCAGCCCUGAUGCGCGGCGUUCGUGUCGGUGGUUGCGAGAAAAUCCACCCCGAUGAGGCCAUCGAAGCUGCAGCGCAACUCGCCGCAUCGUCGGACGUCGUUAUCAUAAUUGCCGGACUUACUCCAGAGUGGGAGAGUGAGGGUUUCGACAGACCUGACCUGAAGAUGCCCGGCCGGACUGACGAGCUCAUCGCGCGUGUCGCUAAGGCCAACCCCAAUACUAUAGUGUGCUUGCAGGCUGGAUCUGCGGUGUCGAUGCCGUGGGUGAACGAAGUGAACGGUCUCAUUCAGGCGUUCUACUCUGGAAACGAAGUGGGGAACGCCCUCGCCGACGUGAUUUAUGGCAAGAUAAACCCAAGUGGUCGUCUCUCGCUCACGCUUCCCGCUCGUGAGGAGGAUAUUCCAGCGUAUUUGAACACCCGUAGUGAAAACGGGAAAAUUUAUUAUCACGAGGACUUAUUCGUGGGCUACAAGUACUACCAAGCACACGGCAUCAAGCCGCUCUUCCCUUUCGGCCACGGACUGUCGUACACCACAUUCAGCUUCUCGGAUCUCACCAUCUCUGAACCUCACAGCCAAGGUUCCGCCUUCGACCUCGAUGUCCACGUCACGGUGACAAAUACCGGGUCCAUCGUGGGCUCAGAAGUGGUUCAGCUCUACGUUACCCUCCCCGAUGUUGGUGUCACUACGCCGAAGCUGCAGCUACGGGGAUUUGUAAAGGCACACAACAUUGCUCCAGGCAAGUCGGAGCGAGUGCAUAUCAAAUUGGACAAGUACGCGAUAUCGUUUUGGGACGUGGUCGAAAACGCGUGGAGCGCACCCCCAGGGAUGUAUCAGGUCUUCGCUGCAAAGAGCAGCACCGAGAUGGUCCUGCAGGGCUCAUUCGUUCUGAAGGAGGGUUUCACGUGGAAUGGAUUGUAG